UCGAUGAAGUAUAGCUACAAUCGGAAUGAGGUUAUGACUCUAUCCCAACGUCGAGGCCAAAUCGAAACCGGAUUGAGUCGAGCGAGCCCAAGGUCCAUCUUGGAUGUACGUAUGCGGCUCUGCUCCCUCUGGAAUCAAGUUUCAGGUGGGGGAGAUGGUUGCCUGGUUAUCGGUGAAGGUAUCAGGGCAACGUUCACCCUUGCCCUUUGUGGAACACACAUGCUCAGGGCAGUCCUCGAGUCCAUCUCCGUCAACCAAGUCCUUCAAAAGUACCGACAAAAGCCGCAGAGCCGCAGAGCAGAGCCUCCUCCGAGAGCCGCAAGCUCCCUUCAUUCUGAGGAUUCGGAUGGCUUCCCGCGUCGUAUGCUGGCCCAUGGCGUCCUUCUGCCGCCCUUCUCCGUACUUUCGGCGCAAGACACAAGGAAUCACUCACCGUAGGUGUUCCUAUCUGCCUGGCCAUACCGUAACAUCGCAUCGAACCACCGCUCCGGAUAUCCAAACGCCUGUAGGGGACCUAUCAGGGCAGACGUUACAUACCAAUGGCCGGCCCAGAGGCGUCCUCAUAGGUAGGCGCAGUUGUGGUAUUAGACGUCGGGUUAUGGAGUGUGAAUUCGUCACUGCGCCAACUUUCGCCGAGGCAAGCAGGAUGCCUUCUGGAACAGCCACGAUGGGCACCAGCUCAACGACAGGAGUCCCCACCAAGACGACUCAUUCACGCCGGCCCCGUCUCCGUUUAAGGCUUCCCGUGAACAAAUGUCUAGUGACUAUUGUGCGGUGGCUUGAAACCUCGCUGGUGAACAAUUCUGUCGCCUCGGCCAGGCUUUCUUGACACAGCCGUCGAUUGUAAUGUCAGUGGGACUCUGCGGACGAUACGCAACAAGGGAUUUGGGACUUCGUCUUGAGGUUUUGGAACUAUAAAGAGAUGGAUGGAUUCCUGAGAAACAAGUGUCGUCUCAUCACACCAUCACCGCUUUCAGCUUCUUUUGAGCAUCUGCUAGAAAUACUCAUCUAAGAAUCUACUACUCUUCCGUCUGAUAUAUCAAGACUCAAACAUAUCUACUCCUGAUUUCCUCGCACGAAUACUCAAUCCAUCACCAUGCCCAAGCCAUCAGCUAAGACUUACGUUGCGACCU